CACACACACACAAUCAACAAUGAUGAUAAUCAUAGCCAAAUAUAUAAUUUUCAUUGAAGAUAAAAAGAUGAAAACUCGAUGCAUUUAUCUAUCAUUUCGAUCAUCAUUUAUUAUUUAUUGAUCAACAACAAAUACAAACAACGACUUUUUUUUAUACGCUAAUCUUUCAAUGAUUUUUUUAUAUAUCUAACUAUAUCUGAAAAUGAUAAUAUGACACGUUAAUCGUUUGUUUUUAGUACGUAUACGUGUGUGUGUGUGUUUUGUUGGAUUUGUAGUGUUUCUGUUUUCUAAGUAGUGAAUAAUCUCAUAUUCAAAAAAGAAAUUUGAGGUUUUCUUGUGGCAUUUUUUUGUCUGUGUUCCAAGUGAAUUUUUUUUCAAAUUCAACAAUACAACCAAAUAAUCAAAAAAUGGGCUGGUUCAAAUGGUUUGGUCGCCAAAGUGUUAAGAAGAAAAAAUCAAACUCAACUCAUAAUCAUAAACAACAACGUCCGAAUAAUGAUGAUGGAAAAUCAAAAAAUCUCAUAAUGAUAAAAAUGGAUUUCAUCAGCAAAAUAAACAGAAUCAAGAAAUGAUUCGAUCGAAAAGUUGGAGUAUUAAAUCAACGUAUAAUGAUGGGCAACAGGUGGCGGCAACGACAACAGGUGCCACCACUAAUCCGUGUAAGAAUCAAUCAUCAAAGGGAACAAAUGGAACGAAUCAAUCCAAUCGGCCAUCACCACCACCGCAACAUCAACAACAACAACAAUCACCAAGUCUUGUUGCAAAUCUAGAAGCUUCACUUAUUAUCGAUCCAUUGAAUCAAAAUCGAUCAAUACAACAACCUGUGGUUAGUCAUUGUGAAACUAAAACAACAACAAAAUCAGUUGCAGCAGCCGAUCAGGUUACAGAAAUUAAAAAAUCCAUUUUAAAGAAUCCAUCGGAAUCGCAUUCACAAACAACAGAAGCAAUGAACACAAAACAUACUAAUUCACCACUUGUUUUUAGUCAACAACAACAACAACGACCACAACCGAUAGAUCAAAAUGGAAACAACCCAUAUUUAGAUCAUGAUCCAAAACGAUCAUCAAUAAAGUUUAAUCAAAAUUCCAUUAAACAACAACAACAACAACAAUUUCAAAAGCCAAAAAUGGUUGUAGAAAGUUUCGAUGAUGAUCAGCAAAUAGAACAACAAAAUGAAGAAAGUGAUGAUGAUGAACUACAACAACAAACAAACAGAAUCACCACCAAACCACCAAUUGAUAAUGAUAAAAAGAAAUCAAAUCAUUGGUUACGAACCAAAAGUUUAAAAACCAUACAGUUGGAACCACCGACGAAACGUAAUAAUUUGAAGGCAUCGACAACAACAACGGCAAGUGCAAAAAGUUUACAACGUAUUGGAUCAAUUGGUAGUCGAUUAUUAUCAUCAUCACCAGUGAAAAGGAAAAUUGAUAAUCGUACAAUUAUCACGGCCAAUGCUGAUGAUGAUGAUCAAUUUGUUGAAGAUAUCGGUGAUGAUGAAGAGAAUGAUAAACCAACAAAUUGCCAUUAUACAGAAAUGUAUCGUCGACUCACUAGUAUCGAUAAUAUCGAUUCAAUGGUUUGUUUGAAAAAUUGUCAUCCAAAAAUAAUUAAAAAACGUUCAACAAAUGAUGAAACAUUAUUUGUUACAAAAAAAUGUAUCGAUUGUAAUGCAUCUGGUUCAAUAUUGAUAAUGGAAUCAUUUAAUGAUCGAUUAUUACGAAAUUUGAUUGAUUAUUAUCGAAAAAAUUAUCAUGAACGGCUGGAAAAGAUUGCCAUUCAUUUGGAUGGUACAAAUACCGUAAAAGAUUCAUUACGAUCGUUCGAAUUAUUUAGCGAACAAUUUGGCGAAUCAUUACGAUCAUUUCGAUUGUUGACAAAUCAUCUGGAUCUUUCUAUGGCAUUUGUAUUCAAUAAUACAAUUACUGCCACUUUUUUACAAAUGUUUUAUUUACAUAGUGAUUAUUAUGAAAAUCUAGUCGAAUUUGAAGUAUUACUUACUGAUCAAGCUAAUCUACGAUUUUUCAAUUUAUUCUGGAAUGCUUUUGCCGAAAGAAUCAUGCGAUUAACAAUCAAAAUUCGUCAUGAUAUGCGUAGUUUUAAUGAAUUUGCAAUUGAAAUUAUCGAUACGUUAAUGCCACCAGAACGAUUGAAUGAACGUCGUGAACAACUUCGUGCGUUACGUUUGGAAUUGAUACCAAUAUCAAAUCAGGCAAUUACAAAUGAUAAAAUUGAUUUAACCACGGUUUUGGAUUCAAUGGGAAAAUUAUCACGGGAAUUUCGUACAGUCAUCACCGAUGUUAGUCUUGUGGUUGACAUAAAUUAUGUCCAUCAUGAUCGUUUGAAACUAAUGCAAUGUUUGGCUACAUUUAAUCUGGCCGAUACAUACCAUCUGACGAUUCACAGCAAUCCAAAUCGGCCAAAUUCAUCGAAUCUAUCGAAAAUGAAUCUGAAUUUUGAUGUGUUUGCAUCACUUAAAAAUCUUCGUCAUCUUAGUAUUGAUUACGUUGGGCUAACUAAUGAUGAUAUUGAUCGAUUAUCACGUUAUUGUCCAAAUCUACAAUCACUAAGUUUAUCUUGUGAUAAUCGUGUUGAUAAAAUUGCUGUGAAUUCAAUUGGAAAAUAUUUAAAUCGUCUGCGUGUAUUAUCAAUUGGACCGGCAUUCAGUUAUCAACAAAAUCGUAAUGGUCUUUAUAUUGAUAAUGAAUCAUUGAUACAGCUAUUUAAUCAGAUAAUAAUGGGUUCAAGUGUAGAACUUUCAUCGUAUGGAUUUUCCUCGUUACGUAUCAUACGACUGGCUAAUUGUCGUAUUCGAAUUGAUCCAAAUAAUAAUGAUGAUGUUACAUUUGAACAUCAUAAUUAUAAUCAUCAUCAUCAAGGAUCAUCGGCAACAACACGUGAUCUGAUUAGCCAUCUUCGUAAUGUAGCCACAACUCUAAGAUCGGAUGAAAAUUUUACAUUGAUAUUGGAAAAUAAUCGUUUUCGAUUACCGGUGGAAAAAUCUUUUAAUAGAGAUUAUGAUAUACCGGAAAAUGUACGUGUUCAUUGGAUUUAUCGUCCGAUAAGACGUGAAACAUCACUUUGAACAGAGAACCGACCAACUAAACAAACAAAAAAUGAGCUUAUUUAUUAUAUCGUGGCAUUGUUAACCACCGAAAUUUGAUUUUCUAUUCAUCUCGAAAUUAUCUAUAUUUAGUGUUUUUUUCUGUUUUUAAUUUUUCUAACCCUUUUUUAAUAAUGUUAAAUC